AUGGAGCAUCAAAAAGUUUUGAGAAUCCUACUAUUUUUAAAUAUUUUCAUAAUCCUUUUCACUCUCGCAUUCAAAACUGGUAAAAAAUUGGAACAAAAUGAUGAACGCCUUAAGAAAACUGCAGAAGUCGCCAGAUACAUGAUUCACAAUAUAAAUUGGGCAACUGUUGUUACAUUUUUGUCAACAAAAAAAUUAUGUGUUGAUUCGGAGUUCUCAAAAUCUGUUUUUGGGAGUAUAAAAUCUAUAGCAGAUGGAACCAGGAAUAAAAGUACAGGUAUUCCGUACUUCUAUUUACAAAAAAAUGAGCCAAUGUUAGAAAAUUUAAGGUUAGAUAACAGAACAGCUUUGACAGUAACCAUUGAUCAAACAAAAUAUUGUCAAAAAUUGGGAAUUGACACUGUGGAACCAAAAUGCAGCAGAGUGAUUUUAAUGGGAAGAACUCAAAAAUUAAAUUUAACGAGUGAGGAAUUCGAUUUUGCCAGGAGUGCUUUGAAGGAAAGCCAUCCCCAUUUGGAAGAAAAUUUUAAUGAGAAGUUCUUGAUUGCUAAGUUGGUUGUUGAAAAUAUUAAAGUGGUGGAUGGACCUGGUGGUUUGAGAAAUUUGCCUUUGGAUUUAUAUUACAAGGCGGAACCUAUUUGGAAAGACGAUGAUCCUUAA